AGCAGCGCUGUCAGCUGUGUGACAAUUUUCCAAUUUGUAUUUCCAAUUUUGAUUGUCGAUCAAACAGUGCAGAGGGACGCGAGCUUUUCCGGCGAAUUUUAGACCGAAAGCUCGGCUCGACCGUAAAAUAACAAUCAAAAUGGUCUUUAAACUUGUGAAAAGUUGGAGCAGAUUGUAUGUUAAUUAUGAAGCUGUGAAAAUAACUACUCAAAAACUUAGAUAUAUAGGAGCUGGAAUUCUUACCACAAGUGUAGUGGUAUACAGCACUUAUCCUGCAAAUGUACACGCAGCUAAAUCAGAUUCAACUUUCAAAAGUUUCAUGGCUGAACCUAUAACGAACCCUGAUCUUUUAAAAAAAAAUCGCAAGGAUAUGAAAACUAAAAUGGAACUCAUGAUUAUGAAAAUACAAGCUGAUUUUGUAAAAUCAUUGGAAUCUUUCGAUGAUGUAAAAUUCAAAGUUGAUCGAUGGGAAAGAAAAGAAGGAGGUGGUGGAAUAACUUGUGUACUUCAGGAUGGUACUGUUUUUGAAAAAGCUGGAGUAAAUAUUUCUGUUGUCACUGGGAACUUACCACCAAGUGCUGUGCAACAAAUGAGAGCCAGAGGCAAGAAAAUGGAUGAAGGUUCACUUCCAUUUUUUGCAGCUGGUGUCAGUGCUGUAAUUCAUCCAAGAAAUCCAAUGGUUCCUACGAUUCAUUUUAAUUACAGGUAUUUUGAAGUAAAAAAUAAGGAUGGUUCUAUUCAGUGGUGGUUUGGAGGUGGCACUGAUUUAACUCCUUACUACUUAAAUGAAAACGAUGCUGUGCAUUUCCAUAAAACUUUACAAAAAGCAUGUGAUGCUCAUGAUCCUAGUUAUUAUCCUAAUUUUAAAAAGUGGUGUGAUGAUUAUUUUCAUAUUCCACAUAGAGGAGAAAGACGUGGUGUAGGUGGGAUAUUCUUUGAUGACUUAGAUACACCCUCGCAGCAAGAAGCUUUCAAUUUUGUUGAAUCUUGUGCUGAGGCUGUUAUUCCUUCCUAUAUUCCCUUGGUAGAGAAACACAAAGAUGAUGGUUAUGGAUAUAAAGAGAGGCAGUGGCAAUUAUUGAGAAGGGGCAGAUAUGUUGAAUUCAAUUUAAUUUAUGAUAGAGGUACAAAGUUUGGCUUGUAUACUCCUGGUGCCAGAUAUGAAAGCAUACUUAUGUCUUUACCGUUAACUGCCAGAUGGGAGUAUAUGCAUGAGCCUGAGCCUGAAUCAGAUGAAGGUAGGCUCAUGAAAGUCCUAAGAAAUCCUAAGGAUUGGCUGGGAAUUGGUAAAUGAAUUGAUUUAUGAUUUUCAAUGAAUCACGAGUUUAUCCAUGAGAUUAAACGAAUUGCUUACUCUAUGUGAUCACAGACUGAUAAGAGAUGAAUUUUGAUUAUUUAUUGAAAUAUCAGAUUAAAGAUGAUAAAUAACACUUGUUAUCAUACAUUUAUAUGAAGGAUUUAUCAUCAAGGUGUACAAACAUCUAUUGUUAAGGAUAUUAUAUUGUUGACUUGUAAUUUGUAUUGUCUGUGUAUGCAAAUAAUUUGGUAAUGGUAAUGUAUAUAUAUAUAUCAUAAAUAAUAUUUUUAUAAAACGUAAGAAUAAAAAAAAGUAUAAA